AUGAAAGCAGCAGCAAGGCUGGAGAAUGUCGCCAUGACCGUAUCAGAGAGCAUUGUCAGAACAGAGGUGGAAAGAAUGGCCAAGGAGCGACAAAGUCGACCGAGAAUGACCACUGAACAGCGCUGCGGAGAAAAUUUGAAUGCCCAAGCACGACUGCAUCCAACUCAGCUAAGGCCGCCUCCACCUCUGUCUCCUGACUCUGUCAAAGCGACUCCAACGGCGCAGCAGAGCACAACGUAUCUACAAGAUGAGCCUGAGGACGAACGUGCUGCUAAAGAACUGAGCACAAUUGAGUUUGCCCCAGCCGAUAUCGCGGGUUGUGGUGACGUUGCUGCGCGUGACGCAGGUGUCAGCGACGCGGUCUGGGAGCAGCUCCAGGAGACGUGCAAGACGAGCAGCAGCGCGAGGUCAAGUACCAGGCGAAACUACGGGGAAAAGAAGGAGACGUGUAAUGAGGAGAUCCGGGAGCGAAUCAUCAAGAAUUGA